AAAACGACAAUUUACGUAUUAUGCGAUCGAGAAAAAUAUAAGAUAUAUAUUUCAGAUGGUAUUGCAAAACUAAAACUCCUAAAAUAGAAUAAUGAAUUUACAUGAAUAAUCAUAUAUUAUUCUUGUUAAAAUAUUUAUUUCUCAAUACAGGAUUUAAAGCCGGCAGACCGGAUGCCCAUUCCAGCUUUUAUAAAUAACAUAUACGUGCCGCCUUUCAGUUCAACGAACGAAUUGAACAUGUUUCCUCGUCGCAAAUUGCAAACUUCUUCGACCAGUGAAACUAUUUUUUCUCCAAAACUUGGUGGAUACAGAACUCCGACUCGAGCACAUAAUAUUUCAUAUUCUUCAUUGAAUUCAUAUUCUUUUGUUGCCAGUGGGUCUGUUGAAAAGCUUCACACGCUCCAGACUUAUGGAAAUCCUAUGCCUGUUUUGGUUUCUGAAGCAUUGAAUAUUGCUGAAAAAAUUACAGAAUAUACUGUCAAGAUUGAUCCUUCUGGCUGGGCAUGGCUUGUUGGUGGUCGAAAAUUAUUUAUAUGGCGUUACAACCAGAGCAGUUAUGAGAAGAGUUCAAGAAUUGUGAAAGAACUAACCCUUCCACCGAGUGAUUUAGCACAUGAUGCUAACAGGGUGUGUGUUAUCUGUAAUCCAAAUGAGUCUCAACAAGCAGCAUGUAUUGCUGUGUCACCUGAGGGAAUUGUUCGAUACUGGUCAAGUAUUGCUCAUGAAAGCGCUUUCAUUGAAAUAAAUGCAGAACUGAAAGGAGAAGAAUGUGCCUGUGUUGUUAAUUUGCAGCCUCAUGGUUGUAUUCUAGCUACUACAACUAGCUCAUUUGUUCUUCUUUCUCCAACUCCGGAACAAAAUUCAAUUUCCUAUCGCAUUAUCAGAGCUUCACAAGGUAUGCUUGCUGGUAUCACAAGCCGCAUGACCUCUUUCAUAUUUGGCUCAUCAUCCGCUCAAGCUUCUGGAGCUGCUCUUCAUGCAUUAAUAGCUGAUGAUGAUUAUGAAUUGGGCAAAGAUCGUUUCUUCUAUGUUCUCUCAGGAAAUGUCCUUCAAAAAUGGUCUAUGGCUGCCAAUAAUACAGAAACUUUACUCUUUCAGUCCAAUGUUGAACGAUUGUUUCGAAUACAGCUGGCUAAAAAAAUAUGGAACCAAGAUGUCACCAGAUUGCCUCAGUUAAAUAUCUGGCUUCUGGAUUUGCAGCUCACUUCUUUUGGUGUGGUUAUAUUGGCUGCUGCUAUGAAUCCGGAAGUGAGAAAUGUCGUUCAUUAUGCUGUUGGUUCACUGUGUCUUCAGGAAACUAGUGAGCCUAUGGAGUUAGAAUCAUUAACAGUUUUGGAACAUGUUGAAAUGUGGCAAGAAUCUAAUGAAGACCACAUCCUUGGCUAUCAUCUCUUGGUCUCAAAUGUUGAAGGAGAUCAUGCAUUGAUUUACUGCAAGACUCAAGCUCAUUGUAUAUCAUUGGAUCAAAAUUUCCCUUCAGAAACUGUAGACUUCAACCGUCCUGGAGAUCAGAUUCUUGGAGUUGGCAGAUAUGAUUGCAAUCCUCUUCUAUUCUCUGCUCAUCGUGGAAUAUUACUUGUCUCAAAGCUAUCAAACCAGCAAAACUUUGGUGUUGAUUCAGAGCCUGUUUUUGAAAUAGAAGAGUCUACAACUGGUGAUAAUUCAUUGCAGAGUAUCUUCACAGCUGCAUUUGUUGCAUAUUGCCAUAAAAAAAUAAAAAAAACUGAAGAACUUUUAACAAAAGCUUUUCCUGCAUACAUGACUCAAGAAUUUGAAAUGGAGACCAAUGAAACUAAAGUGUUGCCAAUUAAAACUUCCGAACUGGACACUAUAAUUGCUCAAACCAGCUUGUCCAUUAUUGACGACUAUCCGUCUUCUGACCCACGAUGGGCUGAAUCUUCUAAAGGAUCAGUUCAAGAUUUUGGCUAUAAAAGCUCCAACUUGAUAUUGAAGCAAUUAGAGAAAAAAUUAAACUUGCAUGAACUGUUCAACAAAUUUUUGAGACACUUUAACCUGACAGACAAGUUAAAUUCAAUUCCUGUACGUGAUGUGAUGAUGGACACUACAAUGUUUCUUUGUGAGAAUGGAGAAAAACUCGCUGCAAUGAUAGCUUUACGAAGCAGUGAACAAGAUUAUAAAUUCUUAGAAGAAAUAUCUUUACUUGCUACAUUAAUCAAACGAGUGGUUGACCGAAAAGGUGAAACACAGCAUUCAAUUAACCUUACCCACUUUGAUUUAUUCUAUCGCGAGGUUUCUUCUGUUCAUGAUAUCUUUAAUGAGUGCUUGGAAUAUGAACAUGAUCAUUUAACAGCAGAUAUGGACCCUAAACACAUAGUGAAUCUUGUGAUCACUAUAAAUGACCUAAUAUUGUAUGUACUACAACAAACUUUACGGUAUCGUUCAAAUAAGCAAGAUUAUUACAGACGUUUUGCUGACAUUGUCAUUGAGACAGAGUAUAUCCCAUGGACAUGUUCUGUGAACAGGCAAGGAAUGAGGGCUUUGCUUAAAAAGCAGUGUUCAAUGACUAUGGAACAAGGUAUUGUUAAUGCUCAAGACCAUCAUUAUCAGACCACUCUUUUUAAUCAGUUGACUGAUUUGGCAGAUAUUCUUCUUGAUGGUUAUACUUCUCAACUAACAUCUCUAGAAAAGUAUGACAAGACAAGCUCGCGUUAUACUCAACUAUGUAAAAUGUAUGAAGAAGACCGAGCUCUUCUUACAUCUAUGCUUAUGAAUCACCAAGAAUAUGCAAAAGCUGCAUCUCUGGCUGAAAAAUAUUAUGACUUCAAUACUUUGGCUAAAGUCUGCGACAUUACAGAUGAUACUGAAAGACUUGAAAAAUAUUGUACGCUUUUUGUACAUAAAGGUUUCCGUGAAAGCAUGUAUAAUUACUAUUUAAAUAUGGGUAAAAGAGGGAAGUUAUUGACAAUGCCUAUGACUGUUGAACUAAGUCUUGUUUUGAGCAAAUGUAAAUCUAUUAGCUGGCUUAUGGAUAUAGAAACACAGGAUUAUUUUUCUGCUUAUGAAACUCUGAUUAAUCUGGCAAUGGAAGAAAAGAAAUUUGUUGCUCGCAAAAAGACACUACUAUCCAUGGCUAAACUUUGUCUUUUGUGUACUGAUAAUGCAGAUCCUAAUCUUAUAUCUGAAAUUAAUGCUGAACAAGCUCUAAUCACACAUCAAGAACUGAUUCCACAGGAAGUGUUUCAGAGUACUUGCAUUGAUCCUAACAAUAUGAGAGUUCUACUGCCUCAUGAAAUGAUUCAGCUCUAUAUUCAUGAAGAUAAUCUACAAGCUACUGAGUACCACUUUAAAAUGGCUCUGGAUCUCAUUUCAUUUGUAAAACAAAAAGAAGCUGAUAUUGACUGCCAAGCACUCUUUUACCAUAUAUGGGCUCAAUCAAUUUUGAGAAACAAUUGGGCAAGACGAUCCGAUGAUCCUCUAGAAGAUUGUACAUCGAAGCUAUUCUACAAAAUAAUCUCCUUGAUCCUUAAACAAAAUGGUGAUAUUAAAGAACUACUGCCAGACAAAACUCCCCUGAUUGCUUCAGAGGAAUUGCUUCAUCUCCAACAAGAUGAUAAUUUCUUAUUUUUGUUAGAAACAAUAUAUGAGCAAGUCUAUCACAUUGUAUGAAAUAGUUGUCGAGGAGUUAAAGGUUAUUAUUCGCUGUAAAGAAAUUUUAUUUAUAUGUACAUAUUUAUGUUUAUUUGAAUGUAUGUAUAUAUUUUUAUGUACACACACACACA